ACCGUGGAGAAAGGGAGCCCGGGGACCCGGGCGUCCUUUGGGGGCUCACAGGCCCUCCGCCCGGCGGCUGCUUGAGGAAGAGAGAGAGAGAGAGAGAGGAGAAAGAGAGAGAGAGAGAGGCGCAGCCCCGGCUCCUGGACCACGGGGCCAGUGGCUGGAGAAGCUUCUGGGGCGCGCGCGGGGAGGCGGCGCUGCGCUCCACCUGCCUGCCCCGGACGCAGCCCCGGGCCGAGGCGUCGGGGGACCAGCCAGAAGUCCAUCCUGGGAGUCUUCCUCCGCCGCGGAAUGGGCUUGUAGAGGAUUCCAAACUCGGCUUCUGCGGGCUGGAUGCUGCAGGCAUGGUCCUAGGUGCCCAGGGUUGAGAGACACCGAAGAGGAGAAGGACGAGGAGGAGGAGGAGGAAAGCCUGCCCUGCGAGACAUUGGCCAUCAGGGAUGCCACAGAGACUUGCGAGCGCGGGGCAUUGACCGCUGCCGCCCGGCCGGACUCUCCUCCCCUCGGCCGGGACCCCGCGUCCCUCCCCGCCCCGCCGGGGGGCCGGAGCUGCCGGUUCAUGAGCCCGGGGUGAACAGGUGCGGCGUGCGCGGGCAGCAGCCGGCCGGACGCGGGGACCAUGGAGAGCGACCGCGACAUGUACCGCCAGUUCCAGGACUGGUGUCUCCGGACUUACGGGGACUCGGGCAAGACCAAGACGGUGACCCGUAAAAAAUACGAGCGGAUCGUCCAGCUCCUCAACGGCUCCGAGUCGAGCUCCACGGACAACGCCAAAUUUAAAUUCUGGGUCAAAUCGAAGGGUUUCCAGCUGGGCCAGCCGGACGAGGUGCGCGCGGGCGGCGGCGGCGCCAAGCAAGUGCUCUACGUGCCGGUCAAGACCACGGAUGGCGUUGGGGUAGAUGAGAAACUGUCCUUACGUCGGGUAGCUGUGGUUGAAGAUUUCUUUGACAUUAUCUAUUCUAUGCAUGUGGAAACAGGACCAAAUGGAGAACAAAUUCGGAAACAUGCUGGACAAAAGAGAACUUAUAAAGCAUCUGGAUCCAUUUAUUUUUCAGAUACAGAAAAAUGUGUGAAAUGCUCAAAGUUUCAAAUACAGAUUUCAGAGAGCUAUGCCUUCCUACCAAGAGAAGCGGUGACACGGUUUCUAAUGAGCUGCUCAGAGUGCCAGAAAAGAAUGCAUUUAAACCCAGAUGGAACAGAUCAUAAAGAUAAUGGAAAACCUCCUACUUUGGUGACCAGCAUGAUUGACUACAACAUGCCAAUUACCAUGGCCUAUAUGAAGCACAUGAAAUUGCAGCUGCUGAACUCCCAACAAGAUGAGGAUGAAAGUUCAAUAGAAAGUGAUGAAUUUGAUAUGAGUGAUUCAACACGGAUGUCAGCUGUGAACUCUGAUCUUAGCUCCAAUCUUGAGGAAAGAAUGCAAAGUCCCCAGACUCUCCAUGGCCAGCAAGAUGAUGAUUCCGCUGCAGAGAGCUUUAAUGGCAACGAGACUCUGGGGCACAGCUCAGUUACUUCAGGGGGAACACACAGCAGGGAAAUGUGUGACUCCAAUGGUAAUGACAAAACUGAACUGGAACAGGACGAGCAGCCACUGAACCUGAGUGACAGUCCUCUUUCAGCACCGCUGACUUCCGAGUACAGACUAGAUGACUACAGCAGUAAUGGAAAAAGCAAAUAUAAGAAUCUUCUAAUUUCUGACCUCAAGAUGGAAAGAGAGACAAGAGAAAAUGGAAGCAAGUCUCCUGCACAUAGCUAUUCAAGCUAUGACUCUGGAAAAAAUGAGAGUGUGGACCGGGGUGCUGAGGACCUGUCUCUUAAUAGGGGAGAUGAGGACGAAGACGACCACGAUGACCAUGACGAUUCUGAGAAAGUUAACGAGACAGAUGGCGUGGAGGCAGAACGGCUGAAAGCUUUUAAUUCUCGACCUAUUCCUUCCCACCUUACUUCAGCAGUUGCAGAGAGUAUCUUGGCUUCAGCCUGUGAAAGUGAGAGCAGAAAUGCUGCCAAGCGGAUGCGUCUGGAUAGACAACAGGACGAGUCUACUCCCUCUGACAAGCAGUGCAAACCGGACUCUGCCCAGGCCACAUACUCAUCCUCAGCUGUUUCAGGCUCACCAGAGGUCCUGUACAUCAAUGGAAACGGAACCUACAGUUACCACAGUUACCGAGGCCUAGGAGGGGGACUGCUGAAUCUGAAUGAUGCUUCUAGUAGUGGACCUACUGACCUUAGCAUGAAGAGGCAGUUGGCAAGUAGCUCAGGAUCCUCCAGCAGUUCAAGCUCCAGACCCCAGCUGAGUCCAACUGAAAUCAAUGCUGUGAGACAGCUCGUGGCAGGAUAUCGAGAAUCAGCGGCAUUUUUAUUGCGCUCUGCAGAUGAACUGGAAAAUCUUAUUUUACAACAGAACUGAGUCAAAUGAUGACCAUAUUCACUGAGGUCUAAAUUUGCAGUUUUCACUAAUGACAUUUUGAUUUCCCAGCAGAGUUGCUUCUGGUCGCACUGCUCAGUCUUUUAAGAGAAAUAUUCCAUUAUGCCACAUUGUCCUUGAUCCAUAAAGUGAUGUGUUAAGGUGCUUCAAAGGAACUCUGCCCUCUGAAGUGCUUGAGAUACUUUAAUCUGUCCAGCCUACUGCUUUUUGUUUUAGUGUGUCAGCAUAAAUAUCUGGGGCAAAAAAAAAAAAAAAAAAAAAAAAAAAAAAGAAAAAAAGAAAAAUAAAAGGCUGUCUAUUUCAAAUUCAAGGAUAAAACAGAAGAAACUGUGGUAUGAAAAAUAAUUCAAGAUCCAACUGAAAUAUUAGUGGAAUUUGCUACUGACUUAUUGACUGAAAGCAACAGUAUUGGGCAGAAAAAACAAAAACACAAAGAACCAAAUUCUCAUUGCGACAGGAUAUAACAACAAUGAAUAGGAUCUUGUAUUUUAAAAAAAUAAUUUUUAUAAAAAAGAAAACUUGUUUUUCAUUCAAAAUUGUCAUUUUUACUUUGGUAACUUUUUCAUAGGUCCUAAGAGAAAACUGUUUUGAGAAACUACUGUAAGUACCUUUUCCACAUCCCUUUGCCUUCUCCUCUUUCCAAAUUCUUUCUACAAAAAUAACACUUGAUGCUGGAAAAACACUUGCCUACGUUUAAAGCGUCACAUCAGGAACUACUUCCAAGAGAAGCCUGCAUUUCAGAUUCAUGCUAAUCACAAACAUCCCACUCAACACUUCAGCUUUCCAAUAGCUGUUUUCAUCACAGAAUUCAAUAUUUCAAAAGACAUCAUUGAAAAAUAAAUCACACCUUUGUUUCUUACAUCUGCUCACUCUGGAUUGCCACCGCUGUGUCAUAGGCGUCCUUCUAGCAGCAAUUGGAUGUAGAUGACUGAAUGUUAAGAGGUUGCAAGUGACAAUCUGAAAAUUUGCACUCUUAUGUGUAGUUUUCGUUUCAUUUUCCUUUCAGAAAUAGUUUCAAAAAGACCAUUAACUCCUGAUAUGAGUUGUAUAAUUUACAGUUUUAGCUUAAACAAUUAUAAAGGACUGUAAGUGGAAGGAGAUGAAACUUUCAGUGAACUGUUAUUCCCUUUGAUUCCCUACAUUUUUCCCUUCUUAUUUUAUAGUGUUGAAUUACACAUGAAUGGUGGGAAUUUUUGUGCACUGAGGCAAGGCUAUUUUUUAAAUAUUUAGGGAGAAGUACAAUGAGCUUAUGUAUUUUUGGUUUGCUUUCAUUGGAUUACAGAUUCUUUGUGCAUUCCUGAAUUUGCCUUAUUUCAUGUUAAAUUUAUGUCUAUUCAGUUUUUGAUAAUGAGUUUAAGGCAUCAGUGAUAUUUCUUAUCUACUUGUUACAUAUAGUUUUUCAAGUAAUGACUGUGAUUGUGACCAAGUAAUGUGCACUUUUUCUUGUAACUGUGGACAUUGCUAUGCUUUUUCUUCUAGUGUUUCUAGAAUUAUUGUUCCUUACAGUUACGUAAAUGAUAAAAAAAAUACACUUUUGUGAUACUGUUGGUGAAUAUAAUGUGAAAAGUUUAUUGAAAUAUAAGUAUUUUGGAAAUACAUAGUUGCACAAACAUCUUUUACA